AUGGAUCGGAUGACUAAGAAGAAUAUUGAAUUAUAUGGGAAACGAAAGUGGAAUGGAUCGAAUGAAGGGAAGGGAUUUGGACAAUUUAAGAAGUCCAAUAUAGGAUUAGGAUCAAGUAAACCAAAUAAAGUUACUCCACGAUACCCAAAGUGCAACAAAGCUCAUGGAGGGGAGUGCUUCUUUGGGAAAAAUGUGUGCUAUCGAUGUGGCCAAGAAGGUCAUUUUGCUCCGAAUUGCAAGGCAUACCUACCUAAGAAGGAUAAUGAACAAGGCAAGAAAGUGAAAGCCAAAGUCUUUGCUUUAACCCGGGAAGAGGCAACAGAGGAUCCAAAUGUAAUGGCAAGUAUUCUAUUAGUAUCUGAACUACCUACAUAUGUUCUUGUAGACUCCAGAGCUACUCAUUCAUUUAUCUCCACCGCAUUUAUUGCUAAAUCAUGUACUGCAUGUGAAAAUGAUAGUGUUCUAGAAAUUUCUAUUCCAUCCGGUAGAAUUUUGAAUACCAAUCAGAUCUCUUGGGCUGUAAAAUUAGUAAUGGAAGAAAAAGAAUUUGUAGCUGAUCUACACCUCCCAAACAUGAAAGACUUUGACGUUAUUUAA